AUGCUACCUUUGUAUCUAUUGACCAAUGCCAAGGGUCAGCAAGUACGCAUAGAAUUAAAAAGUGGUGAAGUCAUUGAAGGGGAAUUAACAAAUGUUGAUAACUGGAUGAACGUUACUUUGGCUAAUGUUAGUGAAUAUAAAAGUUCAGAUAACAAUGCUCAAGUGGAGGUAUUAAAAUCUGCGGAAAUUUACCUAAAGGGUAUCUAUAUCAAAUAUAUUAAAUUACAAGAUGAUAUUAUUAGUACGGUAAAGCAACAAAUUAAUAAUAACCAAAAUAAUAAUAAUGGUAAUAAAUAUAACAAUAGAAAAUAUCAUAAUAAUAACAGAAAUUAUAACAAUAAUCAAGGUUCUGGUAAUAGAAGAAAUAAUUAUAAUAAUCGUGAUGUGAACAGAAGACAUAACAAUAAUAACAAUAACAAUCCUAAUUACCAGCAACAAAAUCGUCGUUCAUACCACCAGAACUCUAACAGCAACAACAACGAAUAUUCUAGACCAUCCAAUGAUGGUACUGGUGGAUAUGUUCAACAUCACACUAUUUUUAAUAACGAUAACGAUAACAAGGUUGAAUUCUAA